AUGAAGAACCAAAUCCUCGCAGCGGCCGGUCUGCUCUUCACCACCGCCCUCGCCCAAAACGAAAUCUCCAGCGGCAGCGGGUUCGGAACAUACUACUACGACGUCGCCAACGCCAACCAAUGCUACACCGACUUGUCAAGCGCCAACAAGGGCCAGGUUGAAUGCAGUCUUACCCAGGUCUGGACCUUGGAGAACGUCAACUCCGAUUACUUGGUUGCCAUGAACCACACGCAACUCGUCGGAGAUAUGGGAAAAUACUGCGGCAAGAGGGUCAUUGUCUCUGUGAAUGGCGUGCCAUCUGAGAUGCCUCUCUUUAUCGGUGACGGAUGUGAGCGUUGCGCCCUGGGGUCACCUUCAUCGAAUGUCUGGUCACCCGGCGGUGCCCCUGGAUUGGAUUUCAGCUACUCCGUCGCUGAGAAAUUGUCAUCUCAGGCCUGUGAUGCCGGGCACAUUGAGAUUACAUGGGAGAUUGUCGAUGAGUUGGUCUACCAGUUUGACUAUAAUGGAAGUGGCCGUUCUCAGGGAUUCGUUGGCUCAGUCCCUACCGGCCCUUCAAAACCUACCACAACUACUGCUCCUCCUGCUCCUACUCCUACUAACACGAGCAGCGGACCGUGCUCCAACAAUGCAUGGCAAUGCACUCCUGAUGGCACUUCACUCGAGCAGUGCAUUAACAACCAGUGGGUUAUCCGGGCGGUCUGCUCGAAUGGAAUGAGAUGCCAUGGUACCGACAACCCUUACUGCAACUACUGA